AUGGGUUCGCCACCUAAACGCUCACUACGCGCGCCAAAGCGUUUGACAAAUGAACACCACAUCGUAUCCGCAAACCGACUAGUUAAGCCAUACGCCGUUGACUACGGCGAGCCACCUUCCAUUGCGCAGGUUACACAACCUAGUGUACAGAUAACAGACCUUUGGCAAGCGCCUUCCACAUCUCAAAGAUGCAGCCAUACAUCCGCAGAAAAUAGAAACGCGGUGUCCGCGGCAUCAAGUGCACAUGCUGAUGAAAACCAAGCAAUCGAACAAUUGAAGAUGGAAUUGGCGGACCUGAAUCGCAACCUGCAAACGCUUAUGGGUAUAAUAUUACUGUAA